AGCGCGUGGGGGAUUUUAAUCCGAUUCCGGCCGGCCCGGAUUUUAUUGGGAGCGGGUUUUAAAGCGCCUGUCUUCCCUCUCGCCUCUGCGGACGGGGCAGCAUGUCCGAAGCGGAGCAGCAGUUGGCGGCCGCCGCCGGCGCCACCCAGAACGGGCACGAAGCGGCCGAGAGCGCCGGGGAGCAGCAGGCCGAAACCGGCGGGGCUCCGGCGGCGGCGGGCGCAGCGGCGGUGGCGGCGACGGCGGGAACGGCGGUGGCGGCGGCGGGAGCGGGACCGGCGGCGGGCACAGCGGGGACGGCCGCCAGCCAGAACGGAGCCGAAGGCGACCAGAUCAACGCCAGCAAGAACGAGGAGGACGCGGGGAAGAUGUUCGUUGGCGGCCUCAGUUGGGAUACAAGCAAAAAAGACUUGAAAGACUACUUCACCAAAUUUGGUGAGGUAACCGACUGUACGAUAAAGAUGGACCCUAACACAGGAAGAUCCAGAGGCUUUGGAUUUAUUCUCUUCAAAGAACCUGGGAGUGUUGAAAAGGUUCUGGAACAGAAAGAACACAGGCUAGAUGGACGACUAAUUGACCCCAAGAAGGCCAUGGCAAUGAAAAAGGAUCCAGUGAAGAAAAUAUUUGUUGGUGGACUUAACCCAGAAGCCACAGAAGAGAAAAUCAGGGAAUACUUCGGAGAGUUUGGAGAGAUUGAAGCAAUUGAACUUCCAAUGGAUCCAAAGACCAACAAAAGGAGGGGGUUUGUGUUCAUCACUUUCAAGGAAGAGGAUCCGGUGAAGAAGGUUUUGGAGAAGAAAUUCCAUAACGUCAGCGGAAGCAAGUGCGAGAUUAAGGUAGCACAGCCAAAAGAAGUAUACCAGCAGCAACAGUUCAGUAGUGGUGGAGGAAGAGGUAGCUAUGGAGGAAGAGGCAGAGGUGGAAGAGGCGGCGCUCAAAGUCAAAAUUGGAAUCAAGGUUAUGGCAAUUACUGGAACCAGGGUUAUGGGAAUCAAGGAUACGGCUAUCAGCAAGGUUAUGGUGGCUAUGGAGGCUAUGAUUAUUCAGGAUAUGGGUAUUAUGGAUAUGGACCAGGCUAUGAUUACAGUCAAGGCAGUGCAAAUUAUGGGAAGACACCAAGACGUGGUGGUCAUCAGAAUAACUACAAGCCAUAUUGAUCAAACUUAUUCAGGCCUGGCAGUGGUCACAGUUGAUGCCUACAAGCACUGGAUAUUCCACAAGUUGAAGACGGAAUACUGACUUGUUUACCUGAAGAUAAUAGGACUUCGGGGUAUUUCCUCAGAGAAAAUACAAAUUUUAAUAUAAUUUCAUAAGCUUUGGAGGUUAGCUUGUCUUGUAGCUUCAGUGAUAUCAAACUUCUUCAAGUAGGAGCUAGAUAGAAAGCUGUUUAGUUUUUGCCAGCGUAUGUAAAACAAGACUUUUCUAUCUGCAUUGUAGAUUGUUUGUGGACACUUCCAGAUUCUUGUGCUUUCUGCAGUCAUUCUGGGGACUGAACUCUCAUUGAUAUCCAUAGAGGUUCCAUGAACAGGACACGUGCAGGAAUUUGAGUGUAGAAGCCCACAGUGUGGUUUGGAGUAGUGAGUUGCUUUUAGUUGGAGAUGACUGGGGGAGAUGGGAAGAGCAACUGUACAUUAAGGGAACAAUUACAGAUCUUCUUCCCGGUUACAUCAAUGAGAGAUUUACCUUCAGCCUUCCACAGAAGAAGAUUUUUAGCUUUAAUUUGGGACAGUAAAGGGGUUUUUCAAAAGCACUAAAAAGCCAGUGGGAGCUUGUUCAGCUGCUCCUUAUGCCUUUAAAAACCCCUAUACCAAAAGUGAUAGCUAACAACAUGAAAUGGAAGUAAAUAAAAUGCAUUUUUGUUGCUGUUUUGAGUUACAUAAUUCUUGUUUCUUGAUUUGUUAGUUGAUCUGCAUUUACAUGGAUUUAAUCUAUAUGGUGACCAAGAAAAUGGUCAGUAACUGGUAAAGAUGCAAAGUAUAGCCACAAAGCAAGCAAUGUGUAGAUGUAGACCCUAAGCAGCUAACAAAGACACAUAACAAAAGUUCACUGCCUACAGCCAUAAGUCUUGUGUCCGCAUCUACCAAGCUAGAUGGCCAUUUCAGCAUUUACCAGCAGAUAACAAAUGCUCCCAGCUGACUAAAAGGAUAAGCUCAAGGACACCUAGGACCCAGUCACAGAUAACUCACAGACAUCAGUCAAACGUCACCCUACCUGUGUGGAGCACUGAGCAUGUUCCUACUGUUCUUCAGAAUAUUGGAGCAAGAACUACCUUAGCGCUAGGUCAGCUUGUACGGGGCAGAUUGCCCCUGGACGGUCGCAUCCCUCUCUCAAGUCCUCUCUGGCAGUAGCUGCCGUAAGAGACGCAGUGGAACAAGGAUCUGACAGAGGGUUCGGAUCUACUCAAUGCACCAAAAAUGACCCCCUUCUGUAUUCUCUAAGACCAAGGCCACAAAAAGCCCUGAUGAUAUCUGGUUUGAUAUCGUGGUCAGGCUCUUAAUUUCACCUAGGACUCCUACACAGAGCCUAGCAACUUGUAUUGGGCUAAAGUAUUUCCUCCAGAAAUGAUCUGUUAAAUCAAAAAGGCAUUAAAGCGAUGGGGAUUACAUCACUGGUCUGGUUAGGAUUAACUAGUCUCACCAUUAAAAAAUCCAUGGCUUACUUUAUUUGAUUUUGUGUCGCUUCAGCUUCUACCCAUUGGGCGGAUAUUUGUACAUCUUUCUCUGUUCAGUUUAAGAACUUACUACUCCAAAGUAUCUCCUCCCUGUAAAGGAAUCUGAUUGCCUCUUGAUCUUCAUCCUAAGCUGAACAGACUCGGCUGUAAGCCAUUUUCUUCCUCCCUGAAAUAAUUUUUUAUGGCUCUUUACUACACAGUCUCUGUUUUUUUCAACGUCUUUAAAAAUGUGAACAGUGGAAUAGGUUGCAAAUUUUUAAUUGAUCUCACUUAAUGCCAUAUGCAGAUAUCAGAAUCAUAAUCCUCCUUUUAUUCAUUACCCUGCUCUGCAUGGGAUGUGCCUGAGAUAAGAUAAUUUAAAGAAAGAGACCGAAAAAUGGGAGAGAAGGAAGAGGACAAGAGGAUUGUGCAGAGUUACAGAGUUUACAAUUAAAACCACGUAAACCAAGAAAAAUCAAAACGCAACUGAACCCUACAAACCAAGACAACUAAAUACUCCAAGCUCCCAAGUUUUGGGAACCCCAACAGCAACAUUAUGUGCUCUGUUGUUUAAGAAAAGACUUCAGCAGAGCCCUCCCUGUCCUGCAACUCUCUACACUGAAAGUAUUACUAGGUUUUUGUGUUCUGAAAUUCUGCAGUGGAUGUUUCUUGGGGAAUUUGGGUUCCACAGUAACAAAGCGCUUGCACAUCUUCAGCCACAGACCCCAGAACAGGACCCAGACGUGCUUCCUCUUGAGAAAA